AUGUUCAACUCCAUCUCGAGAAUCUUCAACCGAUACACGCCCACCAAGAACUCUUCGCCUGGACCUACCAGACCAACCCGCGACGAAAGCGAAGAUCGGAUAUUCCCUUCAACUGCGCCGGCCGAGUACCCCGACGGAAUUGACGACAGACUGUUGGGCAGAAUGGCGGACGAGGACGAGACCGGUCUCGACACAUUUAACGACUACGUCGACCCGUUUUCUUCCAUGGUCCCUUUCUCGACCCAAGCGAACGAUGGAGGAGGUGCUGCGGAUGCCGCGUAUCCUUCCGACGAGGACCAUAGCGUGAAGAAACGAAAGUCCAAAAAGUCCAAGAAGGACAAGAAGGAUCGCAGCAAGAAGGGCAAGAGCAAGGCGACAGACCCAGAACACUCGGAUGCAGGCCCCUCAUCUUCCAUCUUCAGUGGCCAAAUUGGACCCUCCAGUGACGCCAUUGUGGCCGAUGACGAUAUCACUUCUUCGCCUCAACUGAAGAAAAAGCGCAAGCGUGAAUCGGAUAAUCCCAGUGCGCUGGGCGCGUCGCAUCCGUCGGAUCGGAAAAAGAGGAAGAAGAAGAAGAAGACGCGUCGUUCUCUCGAAGAUGUCGACAUGGAGGACGCCGAGCCCGAGGAUGUUGUGCCUGAGUCGCCCGAGGACACCAGCAUCGCCCAAGCUGUCGUUCACAGCCCCGCCUCCGAGGCCGAUCCCCUCGAGAUCAAAUACGAGUCACAGCAGUCGCAACUGCUCGGUGUCCCCAGGCCAUUCUUUACUCAACCUUCCGGCACACCUGUGUUGCCAAGUCCAGAUGACAACGAGUCCGAUGAUGGCCAGAACGGACCGGCGUCUUCACCCAGUGUUGCAGCGCAGAGGCGCAGGAGCAUGUCACGGGGAUCUCAGAUCUCCCUCCUACGACAGAGCCUUGCCAAAGAGGCCGCAGCUCAACCGCACGAUACGGCAAAAGCCGUGGAGUCUACGGACGACGCAAUGGAGGAGGACGUGGCAACCGCCUCAGAGGAGGAGGAUUCGGCGGAGGCCGCUCAACGAACCUCGCCAAUCGUCGAACCACCUGAAGAUGAUACAUUCGAUCGGGACAGUGUUGGUAGUGACCAAGACGUGGAUAUGGACGUAACUGCGAACCAGCCCUCUUCGCCGGGAUCUCUCGUCGAGGAUGACGAGGACGCACAGUCUGGUCACGGGUCCUUGGCCGAUGGUCUUCCCCCGUCAUCACAAGCCCCGAGAGAAAGCCCGUCAAGUACACGCAGCGAAGACAUGGAGGAAGAGGAGGAGGUCGUCCCAACCCCUCAGCUGCCAAUCAAAACUUUCCGCGAUGCACUCCGAGGUUCAGCCAAAAAGCUCACUACUUAUUCCAAGAAGGAUGCAGCUGUUGAGAGGCCGGCCACGACGCCGCGAGCUACUCGACGUCGCAAUGCCCAGCCAGACGAAGAACAGCCCUUUGAUGUUGGCAACUUGCCUAGUUCGGCUCAGAAGUCUACCCGCUCCACGGCAUCCAAGAAGCAGCGCUCCAAACCGGACUUCUUCGAAAAGUCAACAUCAGUCCAAGAGACACCAGAGAAUCUCGAGGUGGCAGAGAGUGCGGCUCGUGAGAUCCAAGAGGACGGCGAGGAUCAGGAGCCCGAAACUGCAGAAGCCCCAGCCAAGAAGCCAGCAUCGACCAAGACCGCAAAGCCUCAGAUGAAGCUCAAGAAACCCAAACAGACAGUUGCCUCUCGCACACCCGCAACCGCCACACCGAAGCCCGUAAAGGCGAAAACGCCAAAGAAGGCUCCCCAGCCCAAGGGGGCGCCUCAGGGACCACCUGAAUAUAUCACCGGCCAAUUCUCCCAUGAAGAGAUGCGCAAGCUCAGAGAAGUUGUCGAGAAGUAUCGAGAAGAGAACGAACUGUCACAAGAGGAGAUGAACAAUCUUAUCCAGAUGAAGCAGCGCACAAAAGUGUCUAAGACGGCUAUCCCAUAUGACGGCGAGAAAUUCCUCCACCUGUGGAAUUACAUUUGUGCCGCUCUUCCUGACCGGCGCCGCCAGAAAACUAUCGAUGUUGCUCGCCAGAAUUUCCACAACUUUAAGGCUCGCGGAGGAGGAUGGACUGCCAAAGAAGAUGUUAAGCUGGCGAUGCUGUACGCCAAACAUGGUAAUUGCUGGAUCAAAAUUGCAGAAGAGCUGGGUCGCCACGAGAAGGAUGUCCGCGACCGCUACAGGAACUAUGUCAUUUGUGGCCGCACGGAAGGCCGCAAUUAUUGGACUGAGGAGGAAGAAAAGGAAUUGGUUCAGCAUGUCAUCACCUUGCUCAGACGGACGGACCGGUCACCUUCGAAGAUUCAACAGCCUUACGAACCCAUGAUCAACUGGCAGACGGUCAGUGAGCUGAUGGGCCGCAAGCGCACUCGUCUGCAGUGCAUGAGAAAGUUCAAGACUCUCAACGUGGAACUUACCCCCAGCGAAGUUCUGAGGUCUUCGCGCCCCGCGUCAAAGGUCACCUGGACUUUGGAGAAGGCCCGCAAGCAGAUCCAAGAAAUGCCGCCCGAAGAUAAACACAAAAUGGUCCGGGCUAUUCUGGCAGGAGGCGCCGGUCGCGACCGAUUGAUUCAAUGGACGAAGCUCGCCGACUUGGAGUUCCGCAGGAAGUGGCCUAAGAAGACUCUCCAAUUGCUAUGGUAUCGUCUAAGGCAGCGUGUCCCCGAUCAAAAGGAAAAGUCAGUUAGGGACUGUGCCCGUUGGUUGCUGGGGGAUGCCAAGGCGAGUGGCCCCCGAGGUGCCAAAAUACUCGGCGGAGGGGACACCAACUAUGAUACCGAGACCGAGAUGGCUGUCGUUGAUCCUCCCAAGAAAAACAGCCGUCGAAAGAGCCUGAAAAAUGAGCCACGCAGUGCUGAACUUGUGGUUGACAGCGACGACGCUUCCGACGACGAGAACAACAACAAAGACGAUGACGACAACGUCUCUGAAGCCGAUGAGGAAGAUGAGACCAGGCUGACAGAAGGUGAUUCUCCGUCUACACGGCAGUCAUCAGCCCAAUCGAAUCGACUCCUGACUGAUUCUAUAUCGAAUGCUCUCUCUGCGUCUCCAUCUCUCCAACCUGCUGGCAUUUCCAGACUUCUCCCCGUCGAAGCGGAAGACGCUAGGCCUAGCCCUGCUAAGAAACGUGUCAGGCUUUCUGGAGGAACUUCAUCCAGACAACGGUCUAUGGAGAAUGAUGGCAGUUCACCAGAGCCAGUCGCCUCACAGUAUGCGGCCGAAAAGAUUCCCGACCGCCUCAAAGAGAAGAGAGAAAAGGCCAAGAGGCGUAUCUCUUCCGGGAUCAGACUUCGAACAGCGGCAUCACUGCAACCGGAGUCGGUGCAGAACAGCGAUGUUGACGAAGACAUGCCACCGAUUCGCGUCCCACCUUCCACAGCACCCGCAUCUGUCAAGAGCAGAAAAGCGGACAGGCGGGUGGGCGACUGGGCCAGAAAGACUGGAGGCCCCGAGCCGCCAGGCCUGCCGGCACCAGUCAGCGACGAAAACGAUGAAGACAUGUCGCCGGCUCCCGCCCCGCCCUCGACCGCUCCCUCAGGGUCUAAGGGUCGGAAGAAAGCAAACAGACUCAGGGACUGA